AUGGACCAGAUCUACGAUGACAGUUUUAGUGAUAGUGAAACUGGAGAAGAACAAGGCUACUAUAUUAGUACAACUGACGAUGAAACUGAACAGUACCCUGAUGACGAAACUGAAAUUUCAAACAAUGCUAAUAUAGAAAUCCAGAAAGCUACAGAACAAUUCACUGAUGUAUCACAGCAAAUCGCCAGAAGUGAAGAACAUGUAAAAUUCAUGGCAAAAGUGGAUCAAAUGUUGCAGAAAAUAAGAGAAAAAGAAUCAGCUGAUCAGAACAUCCUUCAACCAAAGAGAAGAGGUCGACCACGUUUGCAAAAAAAAUUAAACGGUGAAACAUCAAAUUCUAAGAAAUCAGAUUAUCUUGACCACGGUGAUGCUACAUACAAGUGUAAGUAUUGUGGUGCCUUCAUGUGGUAUGAUGAGCGUAUAAACAAAAGUAGGAACCAAAAAUACCCAACAUUCACACUAUGUUGUGGUCAAGGAAGUGUGAAAUUACCCUUUCUAAAAGAAUCUCCAGACCUUAUCAAGAAAUUGCUCAAAGGGAAUGAUGCAAUGAGCAUAAACUACAGAGAAAAUAUUAGAACCUUUAAUAUGAUUUUUGCCAUGACUUCUCUUGGUGGAAAGGUGGACCAAUCUAUGCCAAAAGGGAAAGGUCCUAACAUGUUUCGAUUGCAAGGAGGCAACUAUCAUUUGAUUGGCAGUUUAAAACCGGAUGAGGGUGACUAUGCUAAGUAUUCACAACUAUAUAUAGUUGAUACUGAAAACGAAGUAGAUAACAGAGCUACUGUAAUCAAAAAGGGAAAAAAUACAAAGGCAGCCGCAGGGAAGCAAAAACUUAAUAAAGAAGUCAUCGAAGCUCUAAUGAAAAUGCUAAAUGAUGUAAACCCUUAUGUCAAUAUUUUCAGAUGCGCUAGAGAGAGGUUUCAAUCAGCUACUGAUGAGCCAUUUCACAUGCGUAUUGUAGCUGACCGAAAAGGCGUUGAUGGGAGGAUAUACAGUAUGCCUACAACAUCAGAGGUAGCAGCUUUAAUACCUGGGGAUUUUAAAAAACAAAUGCCUGACCGUGAUAUAGUCAUUCAAGAGAAGAGUACUGGUCACUUGCAGAGGAUUAGCCAAAUUCAUAUCUCCUAUUUAGCUCUACAAUAUCCUCUCAUUCUAUGCUAUGGUGAGGAUGGUUUCAGGCCUGGUAUUGAGAAAUGUUUUCAGAAAGCCAACAAGAAGAAGAAGAAAUGUAUUAGCAUGAGACAGUGGUUCGCAUUCAGGAUUCAAGAGAGGGAAAAUGAGUCUCAUACAUUGUUGCAUUCUAAGAGGUUGUUUCAGCAGUUUCUUUGUGAUUCUUACACAACUAUCGAAUCAAACAGAUUAUCUUACAUCAAGUUUAAUCAGUCCAAACUAAGAUGCGAGAACUACAGCUCCAUUAAAGAGGCAGCUGCAGCUGGAACAACUACUAUGGGUGAAGAAGGUAAUCAAAUUAAUAUACCUUCUUCUUUCACCGGUGGACCUCGGUAUAUGAUUCAAAGCUACUAUGAUGCAAUGGCAAUCUGUAAACAUUACGGAUUUCCUGACCUAUUCAUCACCUUCACAUGCAAUCCUAAGUGGCCAGAGAUAACAAGAUAUUGCCAAUCAAGAGGUCUAACUGCUGAUGAUAGACCGGAUAUUAUUGCAAGGAUAUUCAAAAUCAAGUUGGAUUCUUUAAUGACAGAUUUGACAAAAAGGAAUAUGCUAGGGAAGACAGUUGCGUCUAUGUAUACUGUCGAAUUUCAAAAGAGAGGAUUACCACAUGCUCACAUUCUCUUAUUCAUGGCUCCUCAAAGUAAGCUACCAACGGCUGACGACAUUGAUAAGAUCAUUUCUGCAGAAAUUCCAGAUAAAGAAAAAGAGCCAGAGCUCUAUGAAAUUGUAAAAAAUUCAAUGAUUCAUGGUCCAUGUGGUUCAGCAAACAGGAAUUCUCCGUGUAUGGUUGAUGGAACAUGUUCAAAGAACUACCCAAAAAAACAUCAAGCUAUUACAAAGGUUGGUGGUGAUGGUUAUCCUGUUUAUAGAAGGAGGAUAACAGAAGACUACAUUGAGAAGGGUGGUAUAAAAUGUGAUAAUAGGUAUGUUGUGCCUUAUAAUAAGAAGCUCUCUCUUCAUUAUCAAGCUCAUAUCAAUGUGGAAUGGUGUAAUCAGAAUGGUUCUAUUAAAUACUUAUUUAAGUAUAUCAACAAAGGCCCAGAUCGUGUUACUGUCAUUGUUGAGCCUGUAGAUCAGUCUAAAACAAAUGACACUGUCACUUCUGGCGAAUCACCAAAUACCACUGAGAAAAAGAAGAAUGAAAUCAAAGAUUGGUUUGAUUGCAGAUAUGUAUCUGCUUCAGAGGCAAUUUGGAGGAUUUUCAAGUUUCCACUUCAAAAUAGAUCUACAGCAGUUCAGAGACUGUCUUUUCAUGUAGAAGGGAAGCAACCUGCUUAUUUUGAUGGGAAGGCUCAUAUUAAUGAUGUUCUGGAACGUAUUCUUAAUCAAGAUUCUAUGUUCAUGGCUUCGUUGACUUUGAAUAGGAUUAAUGCUGUUGGAAAGAAUGGGAAGCGAGCUAGAGAGCUUCUAUAUGCUCAAAUUCCAGCAUAUUUUAUUUGGGAUGGAAAGAAUAAGCAGUUUAAGAAGAGAUCAAAAGGUUUUUCAUUGGGUCGUAUUAACUACAUACCUAGAAAAAUGGAAGAUGAAUACUAUCUGAGGGUGCUUCUUAACAUUGUCAGAGGACCAACCUAUGAUGAUCAAGUUUUCAUUGAUGGUUUGAUUGAAGCAAGUCAGUAUUGUUUUGGGGAUUACUUGAGGAAUUUUUUUGCUAUGCUUCUUCUAUCGGAUUCUCUUGCUAGACCGGAACAUGUAUGGUCUCAGACAUGGCACCUUUUAUCCGAGGAUAUAGAAACAAAAAAGAGAGAACAGUACAACAAUCCAGAGUUGACUCUGACAGAAGCUCAAAUUAUAAACUACACUCUUCAAGAAAUAGAGAUGAUUAUGUUGUUUAAUGGUGGAACUCUCCAAGACAUUGCGCAUUUCCCUCAACCAUCACGCGAAGAUAUUGAUAAUUCAAACCGGUUAAUUGUUGAUGAGAUGAGAUAUAACCGUGAGUUUUUGGCAGAAAAACAUGCUGAAUGGAUAAAAAUGCUAACGAUUGAGCAGAGAAGCAUAUACGAUGAGAUCACAGGAGCUGUAUUCAAUGAUUUAGGUGGUGUGUUUUUUGUUUAUGGCUUUGGAGGAACAGGCAAAACAUUUGUGUGGAAAACACUAGCAGCCGCUGUUAGAUCAAGAGGACAGAUUGUUCUUAAUGUUGCCUCCAGUGGCAUCGCCUCUUUGUUGUUAGAAGGAGGUAGGACUGCUCAUUCAAGGUUUGCAAUUCCUUUGAAUCCUGACGAAUUUUCAGUUUGCAAAAUCAAGCCUAAAUCAGAUCUAGCAAACUUGAUCAAAGAAGCAUCACUUAUUAUCUGGGAUGAAGCUCCAAUGAUGAGCAAGUUCUGUUUUGAAUCUUUAGACAAAAGCUUUUCUGAUAUUAUCAGAAACAGAGAUAACAAGGUAUUUGGUGGAAAGGUGGUUGUUUUUGGAGGUGAUUUCAGACAAGUUCUUCCAGUAAUAAAUGGAGCAGGGAGGGCAGAAAUUGUUAUGUCAUCACUUAAUGCUUCGUAUCUUUGGGAUCACUGCAAGGUCCUAAAGUUGACUAAAAACAUGCGACUAUGUGCAGACAAUAUAAGUGUGGAUGAAGCUAAAGAAAUUCAAGAAUUUUCAGAUUGGUUAUUGGCUGUUGGUGAUGGUAGGAUUAAUGAGCCUAAUGAUGGUGAAGCUCUAAUCGAUAUCCCGGAAGAAUUGUUGAUUGAAGAAGCAGAAAAUCCAGUAGCAGCAAUUUGUAAGGAAAUUUAUGGAGAUCCAACAGAAAUGCACAAAGAAAAUGAUGCUAAAUUCUUUCAAAAGAGAGCUAUUUUAGCACCCACCAAUGAUGAUGUCAACACAAUUAACCAGUUUAUGCUAGAGCAUUUGCAAGGGGAAGAAAGGAUCUACCUAAAUGCUGAUAGUAUAGAUCCUACAGAUUCAGAUUCACUGAACAAUCCAGUCAUCACUCCAGAUUUCUUAAACAGUAUCAAGCUAUCAGGUUUGCCACACCAUGCUUUACGUUUGAAAAUUGGUGCGCCGGUUAUGUUGCUUAGGAAUAUUGAUCCAAAAGGUGGGCUGUGUAAUGGUACUAGGCUCCAGAUUACUCAACUAGCUAAUCACAUUGUAGAAGCUAGAGUAAUAACAGGUGACAGAAGUGGUGAGAUAGUUUUAAUCCCUAAGAUAAAUCUAACACCUACAGAUGCUAAACUUCCAUUCAAGAUGCGUAGAAGACAGUUUCCACUAUCUGUUGCAUUUGCUAUGACCAUCAAUAAGAGUCAGGGACAGUCUCUCGAGAAAGUAGGACUUUACUUGCCUAAACCUGUGUUCUCUCAUGGCCACCUUUAUGUGGCAUUGUCUAGGGUGACAUCAAAAAAAGGUGCCUCAUUAUCACUAAGGCCACUGAUUCGAGACCCUUGA